CUUCUUCUUCUUCUUCCAGCAGCCUCAAAAAUCCAUUCUUUCUCAUCAAGUUCUCUUCUACCAGGUGGAUUGAUUCUUUGAAUCUCUCAUAAUUUGAGCUUCGAAAUCGGAUACAAGAUAAUUCUGAAUCAAUCACUCUUCAAAUUCAUUCAUGGGUUUUGACAAGAACGCAAGUUCUUCUUCACAUACCCUUCAAAUUCCCAAUCUAUCAAGGGAAGACACUCCACUUCUCGUCAAAUCCAACCAUCUCUCAUCUCAAUCCAAAACCUUCGCCAACGUCUUCAUCGCCAUUGUUGGCGCCGGCGUACUCGGCCUUCCAUACACUUUCCGGCGAACAGGAUGGGUUAUGGGUCUCCUCAUGCUCUUCUCCGUCUCUUUUCUAACCUAUCACUGUAUGAUGCUCUUAAUCCACACCCGUCGUCGUCUCGAAUCCUUAAAGGGUCACAGCAAAAUCGCCUCUUUCGGUGAUUUAGGGUUCGUAGUUUGCGGCCCAAUUGGCCGAGGAACAGUCGACGCCAUGAUCGUACUAUCCCAAGCUGGGUUCUGUAUCAGUUACUUAAUCUUCAUCGCCACUACAAUGGCUAACAUCUUCAAUAACUCUCCACAAGUUUUAAUUUUGGGGAUUCCAGUUAAAACCCUAUACAUCUGGGCUUGUUUUCCUUUCCAAUUAGGUCUAAAUUCAAUCCCGACCUUAACCCAUCUAGCUCCGUUAAGCAUCUUCGCCGAUGUAGUCGAUAUUGGAGCCAUGGGUAUGGUGAUGUUCGAAGAUGUAAUCACAUUCAUCAACGAAAGACCGCCUCUGCAAGCAUUCGGCGGGUUCUCAGUCUUCUUCUAUGGAUUAGGGGUAGCUGUUUACGCAUUUGAAGGAAUCGGGAUGGUUCUUCCUCUAGAAUCAGAAACCAGAGACAAACAGAAGUUUGGGAAAGUUCUAGGUAUAUCUAUGGCUUCUAUUUCUUUGAUAUAUGGAUCAUUUGGAGCAUUGGGUUAUUUUGCAUUUGGAGAGGAAACUAAUGAUAUAAUAACUACAAAUUUGGGAAAGGGGUGGAUUAGUUCUGGGGUGCAAAUAGGGUUAUGUGUGAAUUUGUUCUUUACAUUUCCAUUGAUGAUGAAUCCUGUUUAUGAAGUUGUGGAGAGGAGAUUGUGUGAAGGGAGGUAUUGUGUGUGGGUGAGAUGGGUUGUGGUUUUGGGUGUGAGUAUGGUUGCAUUGACGGUUCCAAAUUUUGCAGAUUUCUUGUCUUUGGUUGGGAGUAGUGUUUGUAUUGUGUUGGGUUUUGUUUUGCCAGCUUUGUUUCAUUUGAUUGUUUAUAAGGAAGAGAUGGGUUUUGGAGGAAUGGUUAAGGAUGGAGGAAUUGUGGUUUUGGGAAUUGUUUUGGGUGUUUCUGGAACUUGGUCUUCUUUGAUGGAGAUAUUUGUUGGUACUAGAGCUUGAUGAUGAUGAUGAUAAUAAUGAUAAUGAAGAUCUAUUCUUAUUCAUGGGUGCUGUUCAUUUUAUUUUUAUUUUUUUGGGGGUUUAUUUUGAUUGUAAUCUUUUGUUAAUUGUGAAUUUUGCAAGGGUUAUAGUCAAUUAUUGGAUGUGUUUUGUUUGUGAAGAAUAAUGAUAAAUGUAUUAUGAAGUGUUCAACUUUAAUGUUGAUAUAUUAAGGUUUUUUUAUUUUG